GUCUCCCAAUAUCCCAUGACUGAUGGCUAUCCCGAAGAUAUUCAGCCCGAUUUAAAGCAAAAUGUGCAGCGAGCGACGAUGAACCACCUCUCCUAUUUGAAAUCCCUUUAUCCCAGCCGUAUAUCAUUUGUGUUUGAUUUCAAGGGCCCGUCACUACUGGUGGACACCGCCUGUUCGGCCAGUCUAUCGGCCACUACUCUGGCUAUGAAUGACAUGAGACUCGGAAACAUCGAUACGGCCAUUGUUUGCGGCACUCAUAUGCUGUUCGAGCCAUUCGUACUGCAGUUCCAACAGGAGUCGGGUCUGUGUUCGCCCAGAGCGCCGGCGCGACGCCCGGCGUGUGUACGCAAGUCGGGUCUGUGUUCGCCCAGAGGUGUGGCCGCAGUCCUCGACCAAAACGCCGACGGUUUCAUCAAAGGCGAGGCCGUGUGCUGUGCUUUCCUACAGCGCCGGCGCGACGCCCGGCGUGUGUACGCGACCAUGGUCAAUGCCAAGAUGAACAUCGAUGGCAAUAAGACGACCGGAAUGUUCUUCCCAUUGGCCGACGCACAGCAAGAGCUCAUGAUUGACACCUAUACCGAGGUCAACAUCAAUCCGCUUGACCUCACCUAUUUCGAAGCUCACUGUACCGGCACCAAGGCGGGUGAUCCGCAAGAAAUAAAGGCCAUAUAUAAUGCCUACGUUAAGGCUCCGGGACGUACACAACCCCUGCCGUUGGGUGCGUUGAAAAGUAACAUGGGUCACGCGGAGGCCGGUUCAGGGGUGGCCGCACUCAUUAAAGUGUGUAUUGCAUAUGAAAAUGAGUGCAUUCCUCCCAACCUUAAUAUGAAACAACUGAAGGAUGAAUGCCUUCCUUAUUGCCCGCCUAUAGAGCCUAUUGUGGAACCGAUGCCAUACAAACCAGGGUUGGCCGCAGUGAGCAAUUUUGGUAUCGGCGGUGCCAACGCACACGUAUUGCUCGAACCCAACCAUAAGUUGGGAACCAGUGAUGGACUGAGAAUUGCGGAAACGAUUCCCAGAAUUGUCAACAUUUGCGGCCGAACUGAAGAUGCGGUCAAAUAUGUAAUGGAUUUCAUACAAAACAACCCAAAGAGAGUGACGAAUGACUUUUUGGCACUUUUGGCGCAGACUAUGAAAUACACGCCUAAUGUUAACUCAUCGGGAAUGCCGUUCAGGGGCUCACUUAUAAUAAAAAAGGUGUCGGAAAGUAAUGAUAAUAUUAAUUAUGAAUACAAGAGACAAAUAGGCUUUCAAAAAGGCAAAGGUGCUCGACCUCUAUGGCUACUGUUCCCGGGUUUGGGCGGUCAGUGGCCGGCAAUGGCUAAGGCUUUGAUGACAAUCAAGAUAUUCUCCGAUAAAGUGGAAGAAUGCCAUCAAAUACUCAACGAGUUUGGCAUUGAUUUGAAAACAAUGUUAUUAUCUGAAGACAAGGCAUCGAUGGCUUCAAUGACCGCAAAGUUCUGUUCGACGACUGCUAUAGAGAUAGCGUUGUUUGAAGUGAUGAAAGCGCUGGACAUCACUCCCGACGGCAUAAUUGGCCACUCGUUUGGAGAGAUAGCCUGUGCUUACGCUGACGGGUGUCUCAACACUAGGGAAGCAAUGGUCGUCACAUCAAUCCGAGGGAUAGUCACAGAAAAUAACAAAACUAUUCCAAAAGGACUGAUGGCUGUCGUGGGGUUACCCAAGUCUGAGGCCCAGAAGUUGUGCCCAAACGGUGUUUACAUCGCCUGUAAUAACGCUAAGGAUAGUGUCGUUAUUUCCGGUUUGGAAAAAGAGAUGAAAGAAACAAUCAAAGCAUUGGCCGACAAAAAUAUAUUUGUCCGCCAAUUAGAGAGCAGUAAUAUUGCCUACCAUUCAAAAUACAUCCAAACCGCUGCCCAACCGUUGAUCGACGCCAUCAAUAAACAUAUACCGCAUCCGAAGCCGCGCUCCAAGAAAUGGUUGUCCACUUCACUGUUGAUCGCCGACCCGACAGAAGAGGCCCUGCGGUGCGCUUCAGGCGAGUAUUUUGCCCACAAUUUGGUCAACUCAGUUCAGUUUUACGAUCGCAUCAAACAACUGCCGGCCGACGCCAUUGUCUUAGAGAUCGGUCCGCAUUCACUGUUCGGCAAAAUAGUGACCGAAACGCUCAAUGAGUCCUCUUAUGUGUCGCUCAUUAAAAAGGAUUCCAACGACAAGAAUAUGGACUUAUUUUUGUCCGGUUUGGCCACUCUGUACGAGUUGGGCGUUAACCUAUCGCCGGAUAAACUGUACCCGCGGUGUGAGUGGCCGGUGGCCAGGAAUACGCAGUCGAUUAACUCGUUGAUCAAAUGGGAUCACAGUUCUGUUAUUCAGCGCCAUAUAUAUCCGGAGCGCUGGUGUCGGGGAAACGCCGCUGACAUGAAUGUUGUCAUCAAUUGUGACACAAAAGAGGACGAGUUUUAUUUGGACCACUCCGUGGACGGCAACCCUAUAUUCCCGGCCACCGGCUAUUUAAUGCUGGCCUGGCGUAAACUGGCGGCCGAUAUGGGCAAACUAUGGCACAGCGUACCCGUAAUAUUUGAGAAUGUUCAAUUAAAAAGGGCCGUAUUUUUAACCAAGGACCAAGACACUAUUCUUACAGUGAAAUAUUUUCCGUUAACCGGUGAUUUUUCAAUAUACGAGAACGAAAACGCUUGCGUGUCGGGCAAAAUCCGUGCGCCGGGCGAUGACGUGCUAAUAGCGCAGCACCUGAUCUACGAAAACGAGUGCAAACUAUCUCAGAGCCAGUACUCGGUUAAUAAGGCCGACAUAUACAAAGAUUUGGGAAUUAUGGGCUUAGACUACGGGCCGGCGUUUCAACGGCUCCACAAAGUGGGCACAAAUGACUUCAACGAAUUCUACGGUGUGUGCGAAUGGGACGGACAGUUCGUCAGUUAUAUGGACGCGUUGUCCCAAUCGCGGGCCCUAUCGGUGCCCUUUCGCAAAAUGCUGUUACCGGUGCUGAUUCGCAAGUUAAGGCUCGACCCGCGCCUUAUGUUUGACGCUAUCAAACGACACAGACAUCAAAAGGAGGAGACGACCGGUGCUGAUGGCGCUGAUGGCGGCGCCCAAAGCUUUAAUCCGAGCCAAUUGAACAUCGAUGUCGACGGUGUUAUGGGCGGCCAAAUAGGCCCCGACUCGAGCGGCGAACACAACGCCGUUUCGGCGAUUAUGGAAAGAGAAAAGUCGCGAUUCGCCGAACGUUUCGCUCAAUACUCGUCGCGAAUACCGUUUUAUUACAAUUUGGAUACAAAACAAUUGGUUUCUCCCGGCGUUGAACUCGAAGAGGUUAUCGUAUUUCCCGUACCCCGACGUACGGACACCACUGGUCUGGUCUUGGAUUCGGCCGAGUUCUGCGCCAACGAUGAUAAUCACGCCAUCGAUGACAGCUUAUCGCUCGCUGUGUCCAAGUAUUUAGAGGUUUGUAAGUCAAUGGCCGCCAAAGUAAAGCAAUUGUGUGUUAAAGAAAUGAAAUGCGAUUUUAAUUACCAAAAAGUCGGUGAAGAAGUGCUGCAAGAAUUGCGGAGCGAAAGCACUGAAAAUCAUGUUAUGUUUCGCACAUUUGAUAAAUUAUUGGCAGAAGUUGUCGAUCAAAAUCGUAAUAAACUGAACGAUAGAGAAGUGGCAAAGAUUUUGAAUGAAAUCCAAACAAAUAGUGAAUACGAUUUGAGUAAAGAUUUGGUGAAUCAGAUCCAGAAGAAUGAACGUAUGAUCAGAUCAUUGGUGGAAAUUGUUUGCGAAAAUUAUGUAACAAAUAGUGAUAUAAAUAUCACCGAAAUUAAUAUGAGUAACAGUUUUAUGGCCAAAGAUGUGGAACAGAUUGUCACACAUUUUCGUGUACUUCCCUUUGAAGUCGAUUACAAACUGAUUGUUAAAAGUAAACAAUCGGUGAAUGAAUUGUAUAGAGAAAGAGCUACUGAAUGGCAACUUAAAGAUGACAUACCAUUAAAACCCUCGCAUUUGGUUAUAAUGAGAGACUCACAAGACUUAUGGCAAAUGGAUUUGAAUAAAUUUACUCAAGACUUGUUUGACUCCAUAAACAGCAAUGGAUUCCUAUUAUCGCAAAAACUGAUCGCCGCUAAAGAGGCGGACAAUAAAACGGAUAACGUAUGGCUCGUGUCUCAGGAUUCGUGUAUUAAUGGUAUCAUUGGUUUAAUGAAUUGUUUGCGUUUAGAACCGGGCGGAGAGAACUUCCGGUAUAUCUUCCAUAUGGACACCAAUACUAACAUUGACUUCAAUACUAAACCCUAUUCUGAUAUAUUGGCCAACGAUUUGGUCGCAAAUGUAAUCAAAGGGGGAAAACUGGGAACUUAUCGACACUUAAAACUUCCCAAUGAUUUUGAUAAAUGUGUUUCAAAUAAUUAUUAUCUAAACUCCGGCACAACAAAAGACUUGGCGGGCAUUCAAUGGUAUGAUUCCCGGAAAUUACCCGAAAUUAAAAAGUAUUGGAAUUUUAAUAACGAAGAAAUUUCCAAAACACGGGUUGAGAUCUAUUGUUCGGGCAUUUCGUUUCACGACGUUAUGGUCGCUUCGGGUCGCAUACCCGCCGGUCCGGAGCAGCUGUUCUCUGAUUGUGUGAUGGGCUGUGAAUACGUGGGCCGUCGCGUGGAUACCGGCGAACGGGUGAUGGGUAUAGAUAUGGGGCGUACUUUUGCCACUUCGCUGAACGCCAGCAUUCAUAGCAUGACUACAGUUCCCGAGCACUGGUCGAUGGCAGACGCGACCACUAUAUUGAGCACAUAUAGCACUCUGUAUUACGCGCUCAUUAAACGGGCUAAUCUUAAAAAAGGUGAAAGUAUAUUAAUACACUCUGCGGCGGGAGGUGUGGGUCAGGCGGCCAUCAAUAUGUGUAAGCAUUACGACUGCGAUAUCUAUGCGACGGUUGGGACGGAAGAGAAGAAACAGUUUUUGAUGAAUGAAUACAAUAUACCGGAGAAUAAGAUAUUCAACUCAAGAGAUAUCGUAUUCAAGAAUCAAGUGUUGAAACUGACGGCUGGAAAGGGAGUGAAUAUUGUGUUGAAUUCAUUGGCGGGCGAGAAGUUGGACGCGUCGUACGAGUGUGUGGCCAAUAGCGGCCGCUUUGUGGAGAUCGGUCGGUACGACAUGUUUCAAAACAAGCAAUUGGGCAUGUUUGAUUUUGUGCGCAAUAUUCAAUUCAUUGGUAUUGUUAUCGAUAUCGUUAUUAUGGAUGAAAUGGAUUUCUUCCCCGAUUUCUACGAUUGGGUUCACAAGAACUGUAAGAAUGGUUGCGUUAAACCAAUUAAUUAUACAUUGUUUGAGGCCAAGGAUGCGGACAAAGCGUUCCGUUAUAUGACAACCGGUAAACAUAUGGGAAAAAUUGUCAUUAAAAUGAGAGACGAAGAGAUGGAUAGGCGGCCACUGAAAGCGAUAAAACCGGCCGUAAAUAUGAAUACAAUGAUUAAGACAUUCUUCGAUCCAAACAAAGUCUAUAUAAUAACCGGAGGUUUGGGUGGUUUUGGUCUGGAAUUGAUUCCAUGGAUGCAAUACUUCGGCGCCCGAAAGUUUGUGGUCACCUCCCGGUCAGGCCUUAAGACUGAUUAUCAGAAAUACGUUUUCAAUCGCUUCAAAAUUUUUUACCAAAAAUUAAAAUUAUUUGAAUGUCAAUGGAUUGUCUCGACUGCCAAUGGGUUCACAACUGAAGGCACAAAACAACUGCUAAAUGAGGCCAAAAAGUUGGGACCCAUUGGAGGGGUAUUUCAUUUAGCAAUAGAAUUGAACGACUGUUUGAUAGAAAAGUUAACGUUUGAAAAGUUAUGCUCAUCUAUUGAUACAAAAUACAAGAUCUUUGCAAAUCUGGAUCAACUGACCCGACAAUUGGACUAUACAUUGGAUUACUUCGUUGUUUUCUCAUCCAUAGCUUGUGGUAAAGGAAACGGCGGUCAAUCCAACUAUGCUUUCGGAAACUCCAUGUGUGAGCGUAUAUGUGAAGAAAGACGUAGAGAUGGUCUGCACGGACUCGCCAUACAAUACGGACCCAUCGGUGAUGUGGGAGUGUUUGAAGGGUCGGAUCAGUUGAUGGCAUUUACGACAAUAAGAAAGCAGAGAAUAAACUCGAGUUGCGAUGUUUUGGACAAACUUUUAUCAAUCAAACAACCGGUCGUCACGUCUUAUAUUAAAGUUGAUAUGAGUGUCAAAGAGUCGGGCAGUAAAAAGUCACGUAUGAUCGCAGAGUUGUGGCGCGCGUUGGGUAUCGACCCGGAGGUGACGCCCAACCACUUAACUCUCGGCGAGAUAGGGCUCGAGUCGAUGUUCGCCGUGGAGUUGCAACAGGAGUUGGAGAGGGAGUGGACUAUAAAGGUAUCGUUAAAUCACGUCAAGAGUAUAACCAUCGGUAUGUUGAAGGACUACGAGAUGGGCAAUAUUGCAAAUGUGAAAAAGCACCUGGAUGAGUUGAAACAAGCCAGGGCCAAUUUGUUAAAACAGAAAUUUGUAAUUCCCACCGAAACCCACACCCGUCUGAACGCCGUGACCACCGGUCGACCCGUAUAUCUAAUGCCAACUCUUAUGUUGAAUUUCACCAUGUUUGAACAAUUGGCACAAUCGCUCAAACGGCCUGUAGUGGGGCUCAAUUGGAACCGAGAAAUGUCCAAAUUGACCACGAUCAAAGAGCUGAAUGAGUACUUUAUCAAACUGUUGAAACAACUCGAACCAAACGGCGGGUACGAUGUGGUCGGCUAUUUAGACGGUGCCAUCACUUGCAGCAAAUUGUUGCUCAAAGGAAUUGUAGACAAAGCGGUAAUCAUUGAUGUGUUGUCCGACGAGAGGUUCACUGGGGAUCAGCUCUCAGAAGAAGAAGUGUUGGUUUUUAUGAUACAUAUGUUGUUUAGCGAAAUGCCGGACAGUAUUAGGGAUAGGAUUGUACGCGAUUUGAAGAAAGAGACCGACACUAAGGCCCGCAUACGACUGAUCACUACAGAGUUGGUCGACUUCGCGGGUAAAGGUCUGGUGGCGCCCGACAUCGACGAGAUAUACGCCAUUUUGUUGGCCAGACUUCGGAUGCUUUUGUCUUAUAGGGCGGAGAAGAGGAAGAAGUUGUCGAAUCGGCUCAAAAUGACAAUCGGCAAAAAGUGGUCCAAACGUGUGGGCAAAUUGAUCAUGAUCAAACCAUUUGUAUUUGACAAUGUGGACGAUGUCGAUGAAUUGAUUGGCAAAUCACGCGACGCAUACUUAUUACCCGCCGCACAGGUUUGA